UUUGCUCUAUGGCUUCCCCUCCGAUUUCGUGUAGUUCUGCUUUGCAAGCUGUGGAUGUUCUUUGUGCUUCUGUAGAAAAGCCUCACGGAGGUCUCACCUGUUUUUGCAGAUAUAAAGCCAUGGCAUGUUUUCAGGAAUUCGUGACAUUCACAGAUGUGGCCAUAGACUUCUCUCAGCAGGAGUGGGAAUACCUGGACCCUAAUCAGAGAAAUUUGUACAGGGAUGUGAUGUUGGAGAACUAUAGGAAUCUGGUCUCACUGGCAGGACAUUCCAUUUCUAAACCAGAUGUGGUUGACUUAUUGGAGCAAGGCAAAGAACCCUGGAUGAUUUUGAGGGAAGAAACACAGUACACAGAUUUGGAUUUACGGUGUGAGAUAAUCAGCUACAUAGAAAUGCCUACUUGUGAAACACAUGUAUCCUCUAUGAGACAUCAGAGAAUAUGUAACAGAGAGGAAUUCUAUGAAUGUGAGAAAUGUCAGAAGAAAUUUAGUAGUGGCUAUCAACUUAUUCUACAUCACAGGUUUCAUAUUACUGAGAGGCCCUAUGAAUGCAAAGAAUGUGGGAAGAACUUUCGUAGUGGCUACCAACUUACUCUUCAUCAAAGAUUUCAUGCUGGUGAGAAACCCUAUGAAUGUACAGAAUGUGGGAAGGACUUUAAAAGUGGUUAUCAACUUACUGUACAUCAGAGAUUUCAUACUGGUGAGAAGACCUAUGAAUGCAGGGAAUGUGGGAAGGCCUUUAUUUAUGCCUCUCACAUUGUCCAACAUGAGAGAGUUCACACUGGUGGGAAGCCUUAUGUAUGUCAGGAAUGUGGGAAGGCCUUCAGUCAAGGUGGGCACCUUAGAAUUCAUCAGAGAAUUCACACCGGUGAAAAACCUUAUAAAUGCAAGGAAUGUGGGAAGGGUUUUAGUAGGCACUCAAAUCUUGUUGAACAUGGGCAAAUUCAUACCAAUGAGAAGCCUUAUGUAUGUGAAAAAUGUGGAAAGGCCUUUAGAAGAGGUCAUCAACUUAUUGCACAUCAGAGUGUUCAUACAGGCAAAAAACCAUAUGAAUGUGAAGAGUGUGGAAAAGGCUAUACCACUGCCUCAUACCUUCUUCUACAUCAGAGAAUUCAUAAAGGUGGGAAACCAUAUGAAUGCAAGGAGUGUAAAAAAACCUUUACUUUAUAUAGAAAUCUUAGUCGACAUCAGAAUAUUCAUACUAGUGAGAAACUUUUUGCAUGUAAGCAAUGUGGGAGGGCAUAUACUACUGGCUCCAAACUUUUUCAACAUCAGAAAACGCAUACUGGUGAGAAACCCUACGAGUGUAAGGAAUGUGGGAAGACCUUUAGUUUAUAUGGAUACCUUAAUCAACAUCAGAAAAUUCAUACCGGUGUGAAACGGUUUGAAUGUAAGGCGUGUAAAAAAACUUUUACUUUGUAUAGAAAUCUUACUCGACAUCAGAGUAUUCAUACUGGCAAAAAACUUUUUGAAUGUCCAGAAUGUGGGAAAGCCUAUAGUACUGGCUCAAACCUUGUUCAACAUCAGAAGACACAUACUGGUGAGAAACCCUAUGAAUGUAAGGAGUGUGGAAAGACCUUUAGCUUGCAUGGAUACCUUAAUCAGCAUCAAAAGAUUCACAGUGGUGUGAAACCCUAUGAAUGUAAGUGUCUGGCCGGGGCUGAGUUUGAACCUGCCACCUCUGGCAUAUGGAGCCAGCACCCUUCUCCUUUGAGCCACAGGCGCUGCCCUGGUAGUGUUUUCUAAACGUGUCCACAAAUUCUUUGAAAUUCCACCCUUCAAAGUUGAGGUCUUUGAACUUAGCCACUUGCUUCUAAUGAAUAGAAUAUUUAAAUAUUCAGGAUACCUUUCUCCUGGAGCUCGCACUCAACUGGUCAUUUAGUCUCACUCAGAAUCAUCUUUGGGCAUCCCCAGCAGGCUGCUGACAGCCCCUUUUAUGGGAGUUUCACUGAAUGGAGAUUCUCCUGAGUGUCACAUUAGAUCUCGCUGAAAAAAAAAAUUUUUUUUUUCUGAGACAUAGUCUCACUCUAUCACCUGAGCUAGGGUGCAUUGCUUCAGCCUAGCUCACGGCAAACUCCUGGGUUCAAGCAAUCCUCCUGCCUCAACCUCCCUAGGAGGUGGGAAUACGGGUAUAUACCACCAUGCCUGGCUGUUUUUUUUUCUAUUUUUAGUAGACACAGGGUCUUUCUCUUGCUCAGGCUGGUCUGGAACUUCUAAGCUCAAGGAAUCUUCCCACCUUGGCCUCCCAGAGUGCUAGGAUUACAAACGUGAGCUACCAUGCCCGACUAAACUACCUUUUUAAAAUCAUUUAGGAAAUCAAAAUUACAGAUGAUAGCUACCUAAAAUCACUACCUUUUCGAACUAAGUAACACACAUCAUGCAUUGUCAACCAAAAGUCUCUAAUGUUUUCAUUCAUCGUGGUCUGCUCAUCCAUAAUCCCUUUUGUCCACACAAGGAGGGAAUAAUUUACUAUUAAAUACUAACAUCAUUUCCCCUAUGCACUUGUAAAUUUUGAUAAUUAAAUAUGACACAGUGCAGAAUGGUUUCACUGUAGUCAGAUUACCACUACCCUUGAUACUUAAAAAAAUGGUUCCUGUUCUUGGACAAGCCAUUUAAGCACUCUUAGAACAACCAGAAAGCAUGUGAUUACCUUCUCAAAAGACUGGAGUAUGCUGAGGUAUAGAAAGUUUGUUUGCCUUUCCAUAACCCAGUGUAUCCAGAAAUUCCUUGGAACUUCCAUUCUUAUUACUUAAUGAUAUUGGGUUUUUUUGUUUUGGGGGGUUUUGUUUUUUGCUUGUUUGUUUUUGUUUUUGAGACACAGUGUCACUCUGUCAGCCUGGGUACAGUGCUGUGGCAUCAUAGCUCACAGUAGCCUCAAACUCCUGGGUUCAAGUGAUGCUCCUGCCUCAGCCUCCUGAGUAGCUGGACUAUAGGCACAGGCCACAACACCUGGCUAAUUUUUCUAUUUUUGGUAGAGAUGGGGAUCUUGCUUUUGCUCAGGCUGGUCUCGAACUCUUGAACUUGAGUAAUCCACCUGCCUUCGCCUAUCAGAAUGCUGGGAUCACAGGUGUGAGCCACCACUCCUGGCCUUACCUACUUUUUCACAUAAAAAGUCCUUUCCAUGUAUACUAACAUUUGGGAUGUGAAAUCAUAUGCUGAAAUGUUGCCAAAACUUUAAAAAGUGACCCUCAAGCUAGAAUUUCAGCUCUCUGACAUGUGAUUAAAUACUGGUGAGAUAGUAGUCUGCUCAGAUGAUCAUAUGCAAUUAGCUGCCUUUUUCUAUACAUAUCAUUCGGUUACUUUUCUAUACAAUAAAAAACGUGCCAGGUGCAGUGGCUCACGUCUGGAAUCCUACCUUGAGCUUAUAAGUUCAAGCCCAGCCUAAGCAAGAGCAAGACCCCAUCUCUAAAAACCAGCUGGGCAUUGUAGCAGGUGCUUGUAGUCCCAGCUACUGGGGAGGCUAAGGCAAGUGAAUCGCUUGAGCCCAGGAGUUUGAGGUUGCUGUGAGCUGUGAUGCCAAAGCACUCUACUGAGGGCAACAAAGAGAGAGUCUGUCUCAAAACAAACAAAAAGUUCCAGAUGAAGCUGUGUGAAUAUUCUUAAAUGUUUGUAAACUCUCAUAUUGAUCAGUAUUUAGGUAUUGCUAAUUUUCUAAACUCUUAUCUUGACUAUUUCGAGUUUCAGAUGGUAUCUGUAAAUGAAAAUCUAUAAUUGCACAGUCAUAGCUCAUAUAUACUUGGAUAUUUACUCCACUUUUCUGUUGUAACUUAUAAUCUGGUCAACUGGAAAUAAAAGUAUCCUAGAAAUCCACUUGUCCACUUAAAAGUAUAUAGUUAACUAACCCAGUAAGUACCUUUUUAGAUAUUUAUUGACCAAUCAUGUUACUUACUAUGACUUUCCUAUUUGUUUCUUUUGCCCAUUAUUUCCUUACUGAUUUGUAGAACACACACACAUACCAUGGAUCUUGAUUCUUUUGUUGUUUCACAUAAAAAGUCCUUUCCAUGUACUAUUUUUUUUUUUUUUUGUGAGUCUCACUUUGUUGCCCUGGGUAGAGUGCCAUGACACCAUAGCUUGCAGCAACCUCAAAUUCCUGGGGUGGAGCAAUCCUCCUGCCUCAGCCUCCUUAGUAGCUGGGACUAUAGGAACCCACCACGACACCUGGCCAGUUUUUCUAUUUUUAGUAGAGAUAGGGACUCUCUUGUUCAGGCUGGUCUCAAACUCCUGAGCUCAGGUGAUCCACUGCCUAAGCCUUCCAGAGUGCUAGGAUUACAUCAGAUCUGGAUAGUUACUUUUUUUUUUUUUUUUUUUUGAGACAUAGUGUCACUAUGUUGCCCUCUGUAGAGUGCAGCACCAUCACAGCUCAUAGCAACCUCCAACUCUUGGGUUUAAGCUAUUCUCUUGUCUCAGCCUCCCAAGUAGCACCCACCACAAUGCCUGGCUAUUUUUCUGUUGCAGUAGUCAUUAUUGCUUAGCUGGCCCAGGCUGGGUUUGAACCCGCCAGCCUCAGUGUAUGUGGCUGAUGCUGUAACCACUGAGCUACGGGUGUCAAGCCACGGGAUAGUUACUUUUUAAAGCACCUUCAUGAUGUAUCUUGUACUGAUUGUAUCCCCCCAUCCAUAGGAUCCUAUUAUAUUUGGAUGUUGCCAUUUUCAGUCCAACUAUAAACUGGUAAUUUUUUUUAAUUGUAUCUCAUAAUUUUAUUUGAUUUUUUUCCCUCUUUUCUUAAGUUUAUUUUUUAUUAUUUUUAUUAAAUCAUAACUUUGUACAUUGAUGCAUUUUAUGGGGUUCAGGGUACUGCUUUGAUACAUAAUGUGAAAUGCUUACAUUGAACUAAGUAACACAUCCAUCACAAUUAUACUCAUUUCUUAAUAGUUUUGAAAUGUACCAUUGCAUCAUGCACAUUAAGUGAGGUUCCCCCCCUAAACUGGUAAUUUAUUUAUGUUUUUAAUAGACUGGAGUGUUUCCAAGUAUGUGAAUAGAAAUGAAAUUUUCUUUUCAAAUAAUUAUUUCUUUACUUUUAUUAAAAUAAAUAUGAUUAUGUUGAGUGUUGGGAUAAUAGCAUCUCAGCAUUUUAUCUAAUUUAUGGAAAUCAAUAUAGCAUUUUACCAUUAAACUAAUAUUUGCUUUGCUGUAUGCAAGUAUAUUCUCUAAUUAGAUAUAAUUCCUUAUU